AUGGGGAAACGGGGUUCAAAAUGGCUAUCACUUCUACUGUUUGAGCUUUCUCUACUGAAGGCAUCUUCAGAAGUAACGAAAACAUCUGCCAGCUUCUACAACAGCACAAUACACGAGAUCUUACUUCGAGAUGAAAUCGACAACAGCAAUGAUAGAAAGCAGAUACGACAGAAGAGAAGACUACAUCCACAGACUUCCCCAAGCUCACGUGGAUCGUUCACCAUGGAUUCAGCAAGCAAGAGGUCCUAUUACACCAAUCUCGAGCCCACCAUUCCAACCACGCCUGGCACAUUCUGGCGGCAUAACCUAUUGAACAAAGUCUUCCGACAUGGAAGCGAAGAGUUGCACCUGCACUCAGAGACAGAAGUGCUUAACUCUGGCUAUCACAACAGCUUCGACAGUUUCAUCAUUCUUUUCAGCAGUGUUCCACUGCCUGAUGGACGUGAAAAUGUUUUUGGUUAUAGCUACAGCUCAUCAGCUUUGCCAAGGAGCACGGGAAAAGGAAAAGGAAAAGGAAAAGGAAAGGGGGGAUACCACAAGGGAAAGUCAAGCUUGAGCAAGUCAUCGAAAAAGUUUUCAAAGCGUUCCAUCGAUUCAUUCAGGUAUAGGCAGACCCCGGUACAAGUUUAUGAUUUCUACCCAAUUCGUCCCGUCCAUUACGUCUUCCCUGUACGCCCUCCCUAUUCAACACCAUCUGUUUCCGUGCCCCCAGUGACUCAAUCACCCAGCAAAUCCAUAAGUUCUACCGCGAUGCCAUCCAUACUGCCCUCAGCCUCUCCGCAGCCCAGUUUUAUUCCAAGCAUGGUUGUCAGUACUCCACCGUCUCAAGUGCCUUCACAAAACCCGUCCAUUUCGACCUGUCAAUGGACAGUUUGUGGCAACCCAGCUAGCGAUCAGUGCAGUGGACUUGCCUUGGAGCUUUCCAAUAACAUUCGUCGUGGAGGCGAUCCCGAUGGCCAGGAAAUUGCUGUUCGAUGCUGUUCUGACACGGAGCUACCGGACUUUUCUCAAGUUGGGGCCGGUGAUGAUACGUGUCCCUUUGCCGACACACAAAUUAAUGGCGAGUGUUAUCGAUCUGUAAAUUUCCAACAGGCGGUGAGCCUAUGUGCAAGCGUUGAGGCUCGUCUUUGCACAAAGGACGAGUUGGAGCGUAGAUGUACAGUUGGAACUGGCUGUGGUCAUAACGACUACCCCGUUUGGUCGAGUACCUCAGGUGCUUCUGGAUAUUUCGAUUCUGGCGACAACUCGUUCAAAAUAGUGACACCGAGCCAGGAUGAUCAAAAAAUCCAGGAUACUUUCUCGUGUCGGGAAGGAAUAACUUCGGACCUUGGAAUAUUGACAUUCGACGAAGAUGAAUGCUCUGCCGCAUGCCUCUUUUCGGUUCCUUUCACCGAGUUUAAAAACUUUUGCACGGUAAACCCAGACGGACUUUUCCUUUUUACAGUCCCUGGUCCGUUUGAAGCGGACACGGAAUUGUACAUUGGGAAUGUGGCAGACAGUUUCGAACUGGAGUGUGAAGAGCAACUAUCGAUUUCAAUCGCAAACCCAGACCUCGCCUAUAAGGAAAUUGGAAAAAACUUAAAAUGCCCAGUUGGGACCGUUGAUCGUCUCUUCAAGAUUGAUAAUGUUGCGAACAUUGAUGAAUGCUAUAACGCCUGUCGCACAACGACAAAUUGCUCCAAGUUCUCAGUUGGUCUGAACGGCGAACAGUUGAACUGUAUGGGAUGUGUCAAUGAAGCAAACAUGGAGCCAGCAAAUGGCUUCUCUCUAUACGAGCUGACAACGACUUUUGGUGAUGUUGAAGGGCAUUGGUAUUAA